UGAGCAAAAGGUUUGUUCUGUUGCGAUAUCGCCUUACGUUUUACACUCGGAAUCGUCAUCUGGUUCGCGUCAGUAGUCAAUGGCACACCUGUGUCCAACAUGGCGUCGCUCAUUGACAACUACGAGCAGCAGUACGCCGUUUUGACAGCUGACAUCACUGCGAAAAUCGGCCGGAUAAGAAUCCAGAGCGGCAGUGAGAAAAGGGCUUUUAUUCAGGAUGUGGACCGGCAAAUUGAAGAAGCUCAAGAACUGCUGGAGCAAAUGGAGCUGGAGGUACGCGGGAUGAACGGAACGGCUCGCGAUCGUCUACGCGGUCGCGUUGAAAGUCACAGAGCGGAAUUGAAGCGCUUGACGCAAGAAUUUCAAACGGCGAAGAAACCAAAGGAGGACGUCACGGAAAUCACGAUGGAGGAAUCUUGGGACAAUAACGUAACGGAAGACCAAAGGAAAAGACUGUUGGACUCGUCCGAGAGGAUAGAACGCUCGGGGCGAACGCUACAGAAUGGUUAUCGCAUGGCGUUGGAAACAGAGGAAAUCGGUUCUCAAGUGUUAAAGGACCUUCACGAACAGCGAGAAACGAUACAGCGAAGCAGAGGAAGGUUACGAGAAACAGACGCGGAGUUGGGGCGUGGAUCUCGGUUAUUAUCAGGAAUGAUCUUCCGAAGCCUCCAACAGAGAGUCGUUUUAGCAACGGUGGCAUUAGUACUCAUAAUUGUUGCAUGCAUUGUGAUAUAUUAUAGCUUUAAGUCUAAGAGUUAAGGAACAGACACUUCCUUCGGCCAGAUCCAUUCGUAUAGUUUGGAAGCCAUAUUUAUUAUCAGAGACUUCAAAAUGUUAUUUUUAUCAAAUUGCGAGGUUCGUUAAAUUAUUAUAUAUCAUAUCGUCUAUCCAACUUUCGAACUUGUUUGUUACAUUUUGCCUUAAGACACAUGUCUUCACUAUAUACACUUAUUCUUCGAUUCAUCGAUUUGACUAUCAGACGACUAACCUUGAUCUUCUAAGCAAAGCAGUGUUACAAGCGAGUAAACUGUAUAAAACUGGCAGAAUGUUAUCAAACAAGAACAAAAGAUCCCGUUCUCAGUGUUAUGUAAAGUCUAAUAUAAAAAAAUAUUGGCCCAUCCUCGUACGAAAAUAAAUCUUGAAACGGUUUUACGAUUCCCUUCGGAGAUAAUUAGUAAUGAAUGAUUAUCAAAUGCAAUAUUUUUAAGUGCUACGGAAAAGAUCGUAAAACCGUUUCAAUGUUGCUAUCCGGAAGCUUGGCCAGUGAUUAACAUUGCCCUGCAUUCAAGUUUCUCUAAAGACAUUUCGAACCACAAAAUAUAUUCAACGAGAAAUGUAUUUAUUAAGUAAUAUUUCAAGAUUUUCGACGUUGCUCUUCAUGUUUGAAUUAACAACUAUGUGUAACUGUUGUGAUUUUGACCAUAAUCGGGCGAGUUCAUCAACGGACUCUAUUAACUAAAAAUGCAUUCUAUAAUUCGUCUCUUACGCGAGAACAACAAGGGUGUACAUUAUUAAGAAUAUUUCAGUAGGGAUCGAAUUGUAAAUACAUACAUCACCGAGAGUAUCAAAGGAUGCUUGUAAAUGAGAGAGAGAGAAAGAGAAAAACUAGACGCGCCUAAUAAUAACUUCUUUUAUUACUUGUAAUGUUGUCCUUUACCUUAAUUAGCUUAAACGGUGCUUUUGUCUGCAUCCCUAAUGUACCUGUGAAAAUGAUACAUAAUAAAAGUUUUCGAGGGAUA